GUUUUCUGUUUCUGUGCAGAAUACAAUGAGCCCAGAAUUGGUAGUAAACAUAGAAAAAGCAACUUUGAGUGGAUGUUUGCUAUACAACGGCUUUCCCUAGCUGUCUUUGGCUUGUGUUUGCCUGAACAGACCUUAACAGUGUCAUGCAAUCAGCUGGUAAAGUGUAGUAUGUUCACAGAGGCAUUGUGUUGCCUGAGUAUUCUCUUACUGGUGCAGUGUUGGACUUUGCUUUGCCAGCCUGCUGUUGCCAUGGGGGUAUCGGUCUUCAUACUUGCUGGUCUCCUUGUGCAUUGUGUGUUCUUGGUCUCCAUUUUUGACAUCUACUUCAGCUCUCCCCUGGUUCAUGGUAUGACUCCUCAGCAGACUGCACUGCCACCUCCAGCAAAACGUCUUGUGCUCUUUGUGGCUGAUGGUCUGCGGGCAGAUUCACUGUAUGAAUUGAACAGCAACGGUACACCCCGAGCACCUUACCUGCGAAGUAUCCUAGAGAGCAAUGGCAGCUGGGGAAUCUCUCACACAAGGGUCCCAACAGAAUCCAGGCCAGGGCACGUUGCACUUAUAGCUGGAUUUUAUGAAGAUGUCAGUGCAGUUGCUAAAGGGUGGAAGGAGAAUCCGGUGGAAUUUGACUCUGUUUUCAAUGAAAGUAAAUAUACUUGGAGCUGGGGAAGCCCAGAUAUUUUGCCAAUGUUUGCAAAAGGUGCUACUGGAGAUCACGUUUAUACAUUUUGUUACACAGCAGAAAGUGAAGAUUUUGGAGCACAAGAUGCAGCCGAGCUAGACAUUUGGGUUUUUGAUCAUGUUAAGAGCUUCUUUAAUUCUUCUAGAAGUAAUCAAACAUUGUUCUCUGUGCUGAAUGAAGAGAAGGUGAUUCUGUUCCUACAUUUGCUAGGCAUAGACACGAAUGGACAUGCUCAUCGACCAAACUCAAGGGAAUACAAGGAGAAUAUUAAAGAAGUUGAUGAGGGUGUAAAAGAAAUUGUUUCGAUGAUUGACAAUUUCUAUGGAAAUGAUGGAAGAACUGCGUUUAUUUUAACUUCUGACCAUGGAAUGACAGAUUGGGGAACCCAUGGAGCUGGUCAUCCCUCAGAAACUUUAACACCACUGAUUGUUUGGGGUGCUGGGGUGAAUUAUCCACAGAGAGUCACAUCCCAAAAAUUUGAAGACAAUUUUUUGAAAGAGUGGAAACUGGAGAACUUGAAGAGGCUGGAUGUCAAUCAGGCUGAUGUAGCACCACUGAUGGCUUCCCUUAUUGGUGUGCCUUUUCCCCUGAACUCUGUGGGAACUCUGCCUCUGGAAUAUCUGAACAAUAGUGCUCAUUUCAAAGCAGAGAGCAUGUUUACCAACGCUGUUCAGAUAGUUGAGCAAUUUAAGGUAACUAAACAUACGGUAAAGAAAAAAUAUUAUCUCUUUAUAUUGUUGUACAGACCACUUUCUGACUCUGAACAGAUCAACUAUUUAAAGAAAGCAAGACUAUAUAUUCAGCAGCAGAAGUACGAUGAAGCGAUAUCUCUGUGCAAAACGCUGAUUAACCUUGCUUUGGAAGGCUUGUCUUAUUACCAUACUUACGACAGAUUAUUCCUGGGUUUAAGUAUUGCAAUGAGUUUUGUGGGCUGGACGACUUACGUGAUUUUGGUGAUUAUCAAGACCCAUACUAAUUUGACCAAGGCUGUCCAGACUAAUAAUAAGGAAUCUACUGUUCUCCUCUACGGUUUUGCCUUUGUUGGAGUGAUGAUAGCUUUUUUCCUGUUGAUUCAAACAUGUCCUUGGACAUACUACAUAUACUGUCUCUUGCCAGUACCAGUGUGGUAUGCAGUUGUGAAAGAACUUCCUGUUAUUCAAGACCUUGCCACAAAUCUCUUGUCACAUAAUAUGGUUCAGUCUGUAGGAUUCAUCUUCAUUUGUAUACUGGGAAUUGAAAUACUAGUCUUCAGCUUUUUCUACCGCUCUACACUUACUCUUGGUCUUCUUGUCUUUGCUGGCUGGCCAGUGGUCACACAACUGUGGGCUCAAGCAAAGACAAGCUCAUCAAUCUGGACUUUUCUGUGUGUGCUCCUGGCAAUAUUUCCUUUAAUGCCUGUUGUAGGAAGAGAAUCAAACAUUCCUCUGGUAAUAGCAGCUGGUUUGCUGACUCUCCUGAUCUCUUGCUUCUCACUGGCAUCUCUUUGUAAAAACAAAAAUAAAUACAGAAAUAAUCAAGAUCUGAAAGUGUAUUUUUAUCAGAUGUUGAGUAUUGCACUUUCAACCUAUGUUGUGAGCAGUACCCAUGACAGUCUUAAGAACAAACAGGGAUUGCCUCUAUUGAAUCAAAUUAUCAGCUGGAUGACUCUAGUUUCUUCCUCUGUGUUGCCAUUACUGAGCUCCACAUUCCUCUUUCAGCGACUGUUCAGCAUAUUGCUCUCGCUGAUGUCUACCUACCUGCUCCUCAGCACAGGGUAUGAAGCUCUGUUUCCACUGGUGCUAUCUGGUUUGAUGUUUGUGUGGAUAAAUAUGGAACAAGAAGCACUGCAGCACUAUGGUCUUUCACUUAAACCAAAGCUUGCUGUUUUCAACUUCACCUGUGCUACUGAUAUAACUCAGUUGCGACAGCUCCACCUAGAUGAUGUCCGCAGGUCUUUCUUCUUUGUUUUCUUCAUAGUCACAGCCUUUUUUGGCACUGGAAACAUAGCUUCUGUUAACAGUUUUGAUCCUGCUUCUGUCUAUUGUUUCUUGACUGUGUUCAGUCCCUUCAUGAUGGGAAGCUUGCUUUUGCUGAAGGUUGCCAUCCCGUUUGUUCUGGUAUCAUGUGCUUUCGAAGCUGUUCAAGUCACAACACAACUGUCUUCCAAGAGCCUUUUCCUCCUUGUUCUUGUGAUUUCAGACAUCAUGGCUUUGCAUUUUUUCUUUUUGGUUAAAGAUUAUGGAAGCUGGCUGGAUAUUGGAACAAGCAUUAGCCACUAUGUGCUGGUGAUGUCUUUGACCAUAUUUAUGAUGCUGAUGAAUGGGCUGGCCCAGCUGCUAACUACACAGAGACUUCAACUUUCCAAAGGGACUAAGCACCAUUCCACAUGAUGAAGUGAUACAUGCUCCUGCCUUGUUCCUAUCCUCAGGCUUCCUCUGAACCAAACUCCACCUCUGGAAUGUACAUACAAGUUGAUGGACUGGAGUGCCAAAAUCCCAUCCAGGGAUCAGAGUGCUCUGCUGAUACAAAUUAAGUGCUGCCUGUGACUGAAAUUUGCAUUUGGAGGUUGCCAUUUAGGCAUCAAUGGGGCUCAAAAAGCCUCCGCUUUCUUCUCUAAGUGUAUGUAUUUCUUGAAAAUAAAACCUGAAAAAAUCUUUUUAGAAGAAA